AUGGGGAUGCAGCAACACUCCCACGGCUUGCUGGUCCUGCUCCUCGUGGUCUUCUUCACAGGGAUUGUUCUCUCCGGCCCUUCAACUCCCCGCAGGAGCAGAGUGAGACGUCAGAACAUGAAGGUCCGCAUCAACGCCACGGGAGACACCAUCGUGAUGAAGUUUUUGCAUCCCGACGCUGACACCAAGCUCGAGGGUUACAUCCUGGGCUACGGCAGCAGCAUGUUCUCCAAACAGUUCAUUCAGCUGCCCGAGAACGGACAGCAGUACGAGACGGAGUUUGAUGCUGAGCCCAAGUACCUUAUCGCCGUUCAGCCCAUCCCGUCCAAUGAGGUGAAGAAGCAGUGCAGAGGUAAAGUGGAACUGAAGAAGCCGCUUCACCUGGUCAUCGGGUCAGUGACGCCCACCUCAGUGCUGCUGUCCUGGGGGACCCUGCUGAAGACUCCCUAUGAAGGCAACGUCAUGAAUGAGUGUCUUGAGGAUGGACACUACACUGUGCGUUUUCGUGAGAGGAGCAGGAAGUGGAACUACCAAACCUGCCCGACUAGCGAUACGGUCAUCGACAACCUGAGGCCCAACACGGUCUAUGAGUUUGGUGUUCAGCCCAGCUCCAAGGAUGGCACUGGAGUGUGGAGCAAGCCGGUCAUCCACAACAUCAGCUCAGGGGGCAUAGAGGAGAAGGCGAUCAAGAAAAUCUUUAAGCCUCCCGUUAACCCUGUGAAACCUUUAACGCCAAUUCAACACUCCUUCCCCUUUUCUGCACGCCAUGUUCUCCAUAACAGGACCAAGGGCAGGCUACCUCAUUUGCGGAACAUAGUCCCAAAGACCACUCUUGCUCCCACCACAACUACUACACAGGAAUCUCUGUCGACCCCUGGAGCCACACUGCCUGUGGCCAUCAAACUGCCAAUCGGGGGAGGAGACCUCUUCACAUCUGUGUUGCCUCCUUUCAUGGCGGUCACGUUAGCUCCCAAGUCUCGUCUUCCACUACACUUUACAGCCACCAUUACAUCUGUGCCAGUUACUCAGAAAAAUGUAAAGGAACAUGGAGGGCAUCUUCUGAGUCAACCACAACAAAAGCCUCAACCAAAUCUUCACCUCCAAUUGCAGUAUCGGCCACCACCACAACCUAAUUCCCAAACUCAAAAACCUCAACUAAAAUCAAAGCCCAUAACCCAAACCCAUCCACAACCCCAAACAACAUUCCAGACCAUACUCCAGACCCAACCCCAACCAACAUCUCAGCCCAUACUCCAGACCCAACCACAACCCCAAGCAACAUCCCAGACCAUACCCCAGACCCAACUGCAACCACAGCCCCAACCCACAUCAAAGCCCAUACCCCAAACCCAUCCACAACCCCAAGCAACAUCCCAGACCAUACUCCAGACCCCACCCCAACCAACAUCUCAGCCCAUAGUCCAGACCCAACCUCAGUCCCAAUCUCGGCCAAAGACACAUUCCCAAUCACAGCCUCAAACCACAACCCCGCUCCAGGCCCAACCACGACCUCAACUAACACUCCAGCCCAAAUACCAGGCCCAACGUCAAACACAACCCUAUCCAAAGACCCUGCCUAAAAUUCCAACACUUCUCCAGCCCAAACCUCUGGCACAUCCACAAAUACAUCAACCAACACUCCUUCACAUAAAUCAGACCAAACAAGCACUACCAAUGAUUAAAACCCCACAAUUUAGAACUACAACUCAGCCACAAACGCAACCAAAGACCAACCCACAACUUCCAUUAAAAAACCACCUAGAGCCUCAACUAACCUCCAAGCAGCAGUCUAAGGAACAACCAGAAGCUAAACCAAAGAUCAGUCUUUCUCAACCCAAGCGCAAAACAAAGCCUAAACAAAAGAGCAAACCCAAGGCUAGAACUCAGUCUCAAUCAAAGAGCCAACUUAAGCCCAAAACACGCCCUCAAACAAAAAAGCAGCCAAAGCCUGAAGGAAAGCCCCGAAAAAGGGACCAACAAAAACCCAACCCAAAGAUUAAGCCAAUGCCCAAAGCACAACCUCCAACAGCGACCAAGGCUCAACAUGUAUCUCAUACUCAACCCAUUCCCCAACCACAACCUUCACCAAAUGCCCAGACUCAAUCCCCACUUGAACCUCUACCCAGGCCACAACCUCAACCUGGGCUUCAAUCUCAGACCAGGACCGACUCUGAUCCCACCAAGGUCACCCCAAAGCAGGCAGUUUCUACGGCUCCUAGUCCUCCAGGAGAGGGCAAACCUCUGCCAAGACCCACCCUGGCUACAGAGAAGGCUGGUAGUUACAAUCAGGGUACUGGCGUCCUCAGGCAAUCCGUUGCUGAAGUUCCUCGUUCUCCCAUUAGCUCAUCAGUACCUCUAGCAGGAAGAAACUCCACGCAGUCCCGCACCCGGGUUCCUCCUCAUUCCACUCGUAAUAGUGGCAGACCAUUUUCUCCAUCCAAGACAUUCACAUCCUCUCACAGCUCCAGCACACCUGAGGCCGAUGGGGCGCAUCAUAAGGGCAAUGCUCUACCUAAACCUGUGGUGUGGUCGAGAGAGAAACCUGUCCCUGCAGUCCUGCGUCCCCUUAUUCCCGUCCACAAGAGACCCAACCUGGUGGGGAAGCCUAGUGACCACGACAAACCCAUGGACCUGAAACAGGGAGACAAGGAGUCCAUCUUGAAGACAUUCCCUCUGGUUACAGCCAAGCCCAAGCUUGAGCACAGACAGCAGCACACGACGACCUCGGCUCCGGCAGUAAACACCAGCCCGUUUGACAUAAAUGAAAACUCUUCCAUAUUCAGGCCCUUGCCUGCCUCCGACGUAGACAUCAUGGGCAAGAAGCGCUUCGUCGCUCCCCACGUGAUAUACAAGACGGAUAAAAAGCCGGACGAGCCGUGCUCCAUCACCUCCUCCCUCAGCUACUUCCCCGACGAGGAGGCCGGCGACCAGAACGUGACCGCUCCUCCCCGCAGCCCUCCCUCCAACCUCACCGUGGUUACCGUGGAGGGAUGCCCGUCUUUCAUCAUCCUCGACUGGCAGAAGUCGGACAACGAAACCAGAGAGUACGAAGUCGUGUCCACCACUAAAGGACCAAAUGGGGAGGAGGUGUCCAUACUGACCACCAACCAGACGCACACGGCCGUGGAGAACCUCAAGCCAGAGAGCAGUUAUGAAUUCACAGUAACGCCGAGGAACGAGCUGGGAGCAGGACCCUCCAGUGAUGCUGUGUCUUUUAGCACAGAAUCGGCGGAUCCACGAGUGAGCGAACACGUGUCAGGCAAAGACGCCAUCUGGACUCAGUUCCCAUUUAAAUCCGACGACUUCUCCGAAUGCAACGGGAAGCAGUACGUGAAGAGGACCUGGUACCGGAAGUUUGUGGGGAUCCAGCUCUGCAACUCCCUGAGAUACAAGAUCUACCUGAGCGACUCCCUCAAUGGGAAGUUUUACAACAUCGGCGACCAGUCGGGGCACGGGGAGGACCACUGUCAGUUCGUGGACUCCUUCCUGGACGGGCGAACCGGCAACCAGAUGUUUGCGGAGCAGCUACCGAGCAGGCCAGGGUUUUACCGGGCGUUGAGACAAGAGCCGGUCCACUUUGGAGAGAUGGGAGGGAAGUCACACGUCACUUACGUGGGCUGGUACGAGUGUGGCACACCCAUCCCUGGAAAGUGGUAGGAUCCCAAAAGGGGCCUGUCCAGGAAGGAGGACUUUGUUGGUGGGGGAGGAAGAAGAGGCCCGACUAGGCAAAGGGAGGUGGGCCUUUCUUUCUUGUUACCAUGGACACCGUAGAUAGGUCUAUCUGAAGGGUUUGAUCUCUCCCAGGUAUGAACCUGUACAAGACUAUCGCGUCACGAAACUCUAAUCAGUCUUAUUCGUCUAUUUAUCAGAAAUGCGUUCGACAAAGGAAUGCAGGAGUCGAAACCACAACGUUGAAUAUACGGUAUUUCCAGAGAAAAUGUUGGGAAGCUGGCUCCCAAAAGUGUAAUAACUUGUAUAUUAUUUAUCAAAGGGGGGGAUCGUUAUUGAAUAUUCUGUGUGCCCGGGCUUUUUUGAGAUGAGAAAAUGGUUCCCCAAUACCUGCAUGUCAAUAAGCACACAACAUUUUGUCAUGUGUAUACAGAAAAGGUGCCAAUCAGUUUAAUUUUACAUUUGGAUUAUGUAACCUUCUGCUGGCCCUAAGGGAUUAUUAGCAGUUGCAGUUUGCACAGUAUUAUACCUUUUGUUCAUAUAUGUAUAUGGUGUGAAUGCAUUAUGUAUACCAGGGAUCAUAUAGUUUGAUAUAUUUCAGGUAUAAGAGGAAAAAAAAACAGAUUAUUUGCCAAAUUGUUGAUUUAUUUGAGCGUAAACUCAAUGUUUCUAUGGAGGUCUUUUUGGGAAGAUUUUAGCAUUGUUAAUGCUUUUAAUGCAGCUUUUCUAUAAAAUACAACUGAAAAAGCAUAAUUGAAGCCGGCGUCAAUGUGGGGAAAGACAUACUGUAAGCAAUGACAACAUUUAUGAUUGUGUUCAAAUUUACAAAAGUGUACAUAAAUUCAAUCAUUGGAUGUUCAGGUUUGACCACAUCUGUCACGACUGCAGUUGUUUUUGAUGCACCGUGU